CAUUCAUUCAUCAUCAAACAUACAAACACAACAACACAGUCAAUAAAGCAAUCCAAGGUUUAUAGCUAAAACCAUAACUUGAAGAAUAUGGACAACAAGCAAAACAUGAGCUACCAAGCCGGUCAAGCCACCGGUCAGACUAAGGAGAAGGCAGGUGGUAUGAUGGACAAAGCCAAGGAUGCUGCUGCUUCUGCUCAAGACUCCUUGCAACAGACUGGACAACAAAUGAAGGAGAAGGCACAAGGAGCUGCUGAUGUCGUCAAGGACAAGACCGGCAUGAACAAAAACAACUAAUCCCUUUCCAACUUUUUUUUUUUCCUUAUUAAUUCCCCUCUGACUACUUGUGUUUAAUAAACUGGGGGGUUUUAAUUCUCAUUCCUGCUUCUUUCUGAUGUUCUUUCCUUUUGGAUGUUUAUGUAAUCUUAUCAAUAUAGUUAAUAAAAGUUAAAUCUGUCAAAA